GCCCCGCGGGGUCCCCGCCGUCCGUCCGGCGGGCCCAGGGAGCGAGUGGGAGCGCCCUCCCCCCGCCGCCCCCUCCCCCGAGCGUCGAGACAAGAUGCUGCCCGGGCUCGGGCGCCUGCUGCAAGGUCCCGCCUCGGCCUGCCUCCUGCUGAUGCUCCUGGCCCCGCCCCCCGCGGCCCCCAGCUGCCCCAUGCUCUGCACCUGCUACUCGUCCCCGCCCACCGUGAGCUGCCAGGCCAACAACUUCUCCUCCGUGCCGCUGGCCCUGCCGCCCAGCACGCAGCGACUCUUCCUGCAGAACAACCUCAUCCGCACGCUGCGGCCCGGCACCUUCGGACCCAACCUGCUCACCCUGUGGCUCUUCUCCAACAACCUCUCUACCAUCUACCCGGGCACCUUCCGCCACCUGCAGGCCCUGGAGGAGCUGGACCUCGGCGACAACCGGCACCUGCGCUCCCUGGAGCCUGACACCUUCCAGGGCCUGGAGCGGCUGCAGUCUCUGCAUCUGUACCGCUGCCAGCUCAGCAGCCUGCCUGGCAACAUCUUCCGCGGCCUGGUCAGCCUGCAGUACCUCUACCUCCAGGAGAACAGCCUGCUCCACCUCCAGGAUGACCUGUUCGCGGACCUGGCCAACCUGAGCCACCUCUUCCUCCACGGGAACCGCCUGCGGCUGCUCACGGAGCACGUGUUCCGCGGCCUGGGCAGCCUGGACCGGCUGCUGCUGCACGGGAACCGGCUGCAGGGCGUGCACCGCGCGGCCUUCCGCGGCCUCAGCCGCCUCACCAUCCUCUACCUGUUCAACAACAGCCUGGCCUCGCUGCCCGGCGAGGCGCUGGCCGACCUGCCCGCGCUCGAGUUCCUGCGGCUCAACGCCAACCCCUGGGCGUGCGACUGCCGCGCGCGGCCGCUCUGGGCCUGGUUCCAGCGCGCGCGCGUGUCCAGCUCCGACGUGACGUGCGCCACCCCCCCGGAGCGCCAGGGCCGCGACCUGCGCGCCCUCCGCGACUCCGACUUCCAGGCCUGCCCGCCCGCCGCGCCCACCCGGCCCGGGAGCCGCGCGCGCGGCAACAGCUCGUCCAACCACCUGUACGGCGUGGCCGAGGCCGGGGCGCCGCCCGCCGACCCCUCCACCCUCUACCGAGACCUGCCCGCCGAGGACCCGCGGGGCCGCCAGGCCGGGGGGGACGCGCCCACGGAGGACGACUACUGGGGGGGCUACGGCGGCGAGGACCAGCGCGGCGAGCAGACGUGCCCGGGCGCGGCCUGCCAGGCGCCCCCGGACUCCCGCGGCCCCGCGCUCUCGGCCGGGCUGCCCAGCCCUCUGCUCUGCCUCCUGCUCCUGGCGCCCCACCACCUCUGA